AUGAUGGCUUUAAGUGUGAAUGCCAGAGAUAAGAAGUGGAUCGAUACAAAAAAUAUGACUUCGGGCCUGAAGUGGAUGUCUUCGGAUUCGAAAGAAAAAGCUAGACAAAAGGCUAAGGGUAUGGUGAGGAACUACGGAUGGCCUCAAAAACUCUUCGGAGACUUUAAAAGCAGCAAAGAGAUUGAUGAAUAUCACAAGAAGGAUUAUGCUGAAAUCCUUGAGCUUACCAAGACGGAGAGGAGCAGCCUUCGAUAUUACCGUAUGCGCCGGGUGCUGAUUAAAGGAUAUUCAAAUCGCGAGUCACUACGUUUACUUUUGCAGGAUGCAGACAGGUCCAAUUUCCUCCUAUCACCAGCGUUAGUGAGCGCCUGGUACCAGCCGGAAAGGAACUCUAUCACUUUCCCUUACGCGAGCUUCAAUCCACCGUACUAUAGCUAUGAAUAUCCUCAAGCUUACAACUAUGGUGGUCAGGGUGGAACUGCCGGUCAUGAGCUAGUCCAUGGAUUUGACGACCAAGGAGUGCAGUUCGGUCCCGAUGGAAGUCUAAGUAGGUGUACGUGGUAUGAUUGUGGAUGGAUGGAUAAAAGAUCAAAAGAUGGUUUCAACGACAUGGCCCAAUGCGUUGUAACACAUUAUAGCACUUUCUGCUGCCCAGAACAGGAAGGUAAUAUACACUGCGCAAAUGGUGCAACCACACAAGGGGAAAAUAUUGCUGAUAUUGGAGGUGAACAUGCUGCAUACAUAGCAUAUCGAGAGUACAUCAAAUCACUAGGACAUGAAGAGAAAAGAUUGCCAGGAUUAGAACGAUACACACCAAACCAGAUCUUUUGGAUUACAUAUGGAUACUCAUGGUGCAGGAGCGUAACAGAGGAAUACCUUAUUAGUCAACUUCUCACCGACCCCCACGCACCAAGUGCUUGCCGCACUAACCAAGUAGUCCAAAGUAUCCCUGCGUUUGGACGGGAUUUCGGGUGCUCAUUAGGAGACAGAAUGUAUCCUGCACCAGAGCAGCGAUGUUCAGUUUGGGUUCAAGAGUAA